UGAUGCUGCAGAUCAUUCCGUGCGAAUUUUAUUGUAAGCUAUGUGAUCAUAGUGCUGUGAAUACUUGCGUCACACUCUUUUGGUUCUAACAGAGCUUGGUCUAGUGUUGUUGAUGCUAUGAAAAAAUUGUCAUCCGAAAUGCUUCUGUAAAUUCUGAUACUUGUACUCUUAUUAUUCAGGUACACUGACUUGAAAUUUAAAUGAUUGAAAGGUAAUCUAUUUUGUUUCAAAUUCUUAUUUGUCCCCAUCUGUUCCUGUUUCUUCACAAUGCUGGUUAAUAAUUCGACGAGCUGACGUUACUAAAAGAUUAACAUACAAGUGAACGUGGAAUUGUUGAGUAAUGUCAUUUUGUAAUCAAACCAAAUCAAAAGAAUCAAGGUAACUAGAAUGAUUUUGUAGUUUGGUUUAGUGAAGUUGUUAAGUGUCAGAAAUGGUUGUUGAAGUUGUGUAAGAAAGACCUUAAGCUAGAGUUAAAAGGUGGUAGUGGGAGCAGUUGUAAUAGUUAGACAAGAGAAUAUGUUCUCUCUAUAAGCUUGUAAUCGUUUUUUGUAAGGGUUGCAGAAAAAUAAAAAUGAAUUAAUCUUUUGUCAAGAACACCUUUUCUUACCAAAGUCAUUACACAAAAACAGAGCAAUGAAGACCAAACUACUACUUUAUCAUGUUUAAUCUUGAAGAUCACAACAUAUUUAAAUAACUAAGGACUAUGUAAAAGAUUCUAAGCUAAAGCUGGAAGUCGUCUUCAGGGCUAACACAAGAAAUAGUAUUAUCUAUCUUUCUUUCUUUAGUUUAAUUCUUUUGAAUAUAGUUUUUGAUUUUUAGAGGACCCACCCUGCAUAAUGUUCAUCUAUCUAUUGAAACGUUUCAAAUAUAUAAAAUCAUUUUCAUCUUUUUGAACUCUUGUUCCCCUUCACUUUGUACUUGAAUCAUUGAAAUUAGUUAUUUCACUGUUAGUUGUACUCUUGAGGAAAAAGAAAUUGUUGUGGCUAAUGCAUACAUACAAUUUUUCUUUGUUACUUGGGGCAUAAAGAUUCGUAGGAAGGAGUCGGUAGUGCUAAUCACGCCACACGUAUGUCAUAUGAUAUGAGUUUGUUUCCACAAAAGAUAUUGACUUAGUAAAAAUAGUUUUCUUAUGCAACUUGGUUUUUCCAGUUCUUCAAUGUCAAACAGCAGUUUUUCAAUCUCUGAUUAUUAUUUUCUUUCGGCUCAAUGGAAGGGAAGGUGUCCUUGAAUCAAUACUUGAUAUGGGUGAUGUUACUACUGUUGGGGCAGCUACAUGGAUACAAAAGCUGUAUUGAGAAAGAACGGAAGGCGUUGCUAGAGCUCAAGGAAUACCUGAUCUCGACUUCUCAAGAUGGAGAUCGCGACUUUGUUCUCCCUACUUGGAGUAAUGACACAAAGAGCAAUUGCUGCCUGUGGGAGGGCGUUAAGUGCACUCGUACAAGCCUACGGGUGACUGAGAUCGCCUUUGGUUAUUUGUUCCUGAAAGAGCAUUCUCUAUUUAAUCUUUCUUUGUUGCAUCCCUUUGACGAGGUUCGAAGUCUGGACUUAUCCCGGUGCGCUUUUAGUGCCUUGUUUGAUGAUAUGGAAGGUUAUAAAAGCUUAAGUAGAUUAAGGAACCUGGAGAUCUUGGAUCUCUCUUCAAAUGAGUUUAACAACAGCAUCUUUCCCUUUCUUAAUGCUGCGACAUCACUUACAACUCUGUUUCUUCGGAACAACUACAUGAAUGGCCCUUUUCCUGUUAAAGAACUGAAAAACUUGACAAACUUGGAAUUGCUGGAUCUGAGUGUAAACGACUACAACGGUUCCAUGCCAGAGUUUACUCACCUGAAAAAGCUGAAAGCUCUGGAUCUAAGUGGCAAUGGUUUUUCUAGCUCAAUGGAAUUGCAAGAACUAAAGAAUAUGACUACUUUGGAAGUCCUGGGUCUAGCUUGGAAUUACUUCAGCGGACCAAAGCCAAUAGAAGUUUUAUGUGAAAUGAAGAAUCUGCAGGAGCUAUAUCUCAGUGGAAAUGAAUUUGUUGGUCAGCUUCCUCUGUGUUUGGGAAGCUUGAACAAGCUACGUAUUCUUGACCUCUCAUACAACUAUUUAAGUGGGAACCUAUCAUCUAGUUUCAGUACCCUGGAGUCUCUUGAAUAUCUAUCGUUGUCAGAUAAUAACUUCGAAGGCUUGUUGUCACUCGAUGCAAUAGCCAACCUCACGAAUCUCAAGGUGUUCAAACUAUCAUCACCAGCUGAUAUAAUACAAGUAGAUACAGAAAGUACAUGGAUUCCUAAAUUUCAAUUGACUAUAGCUGCACUACCGUUUUGCGGCUUGGAGAAGAUCCCAAACUUUCUAAUGUACCAGAAGAAGUUGCGUGUACUUGAUCUAUCCAGCAACAGAAUAUCCGGAAACAUUCCUACCUGGCUGUUGGCUAAUAAUCCAGAACUUGAAGUCCUACAGCUGCAGAAUAACUCAUUCAUCUUCGAGAUUCCUACUACAAUACUGCCUAAGUUGCAGUUCUUGGAUUUUUCAGCAAAUGAUAUCGGUGGAGUGCUCCCUGAUUAUUUUGGCCAUGUGCUUCCGAGUCUGCUACAUGUGAAUGGCACUCAUAAUGAGAUUCUAGGGAACUUGCCAUCAUCUAUGGGUGAGAUGAAGAACAUUUCAUUCCUGGAUCUGUCUCACAAUAACUUCUCUGGGGAACUACCUAGAAGCUUAUUCACAGGUUGUGUUUCAUUACAAAUCCUGCAGCUCUCUCACAACCAACUUGGUGGACAUAUUCUUCCAGGACAGACUAACCUAACAUCACUCAUUGUGUUGCGGAUGGAUAACAACUUAUUUACAGGGGAGAUUGGGACAGGUUUGCUUACCUUGGUUAAUUUGUCAGUACUUGACGCGUCCAACAAUCGCCUUACAGGUGCUAUUCCAAGUUGGAUACCCGAAGAAUCGCAUAUGAUUAUGUUACUGCUAUCAAAUAAUCAAUUAGAAGGUACGUUGCCACCUUCCCUGCUGGCCGUUUAUCAUCUUCAAUUUCUGGACCUCUCUGGAAACCUAUUAUCUGGUGAACUACCGUCGUCACAUGUGAAUUCUAUGUAUGGGAUAAGUAUGUUCCUACACAACAACAGCUUAACGGGGUCAAUCCCGGUCAAGCUGUUGGAAAAUGCUAAGAUACUUGAUCUGCGGAACAAUAAACUCUCUGGAAGUAUCCCACAGUUUGUCAAUACCGGGGAAAUGAGAAUUUUUCUGUUGAAGGGGAACAAUUUAACAGGAUCUAUACCAUGGAAGCUAUGUGAUAUGAGAAAUAUCACUCUCCUUGAUCUUUCAGACAACAAGCUCAAUGGAACCAUACCUUCAUGCCUUUAUAAUUUAUCAUUUGGAUCAAGGGAAGAAGAGGAGAUGACAAGUAGCUCCUUUGGGGCAUUUGACUUUGGCUUUGUUGAAAGCCUUGAAUUCGAAUUUUACAAAUAUACAUUCUUGGUAGAAGAGUUCAGUGCAUACUAUGAUACAUUUAUGAUUGUCGAAAUUCAAUUUGCAGCAAAGCAAAGGUAUGAUUCUUACACUGGAGGAACACUUGAUUAUAUGUAUGGCUUGGAUCUGUCUAGCAACGAAUUAAGUGGUGUUAUCCCAGCUGAGCUUGGAGAACUCUCGAAAAUACGAGCAAUGAAUCUGUCUCGCAAUUUCUUGUCGAGUUCUAUACCAGAUAGCUUCUCCAAACUGAAGGACAUUGAGAGCCUUGAUCUUUCUUAUAACAUGUUACAUGGAGACAUCCCUAGUCAACUAACCAGCCUCACUUCUCUUGCUGUCUUCAACGUCUCCUACAACAAUUUAUCAGGCAUCAUUCCCCAAGGAAGGCAGUUUAGCACCUUCAACGAGAACAGCUACUUAGGAAAUCCUCUUCUAUGUGGACCACCGACCGAUAAAAGUUGUGAAGCUAAGAAGAGCACAAAGGAAGCAGAUAAUGGAGGAGAAGAAGAUGAUGAUGAAGCUAUUGUUAACAUGAUGGCCUUCUAUUGGAGUACUGCUUCAACUUAUGUGACUGCGUUAAUAGGCUUUCUUCUACUUAUGUGCAUCGAUUGUCCUUGGCGUCGAGCAUGGCUCCGCCUUGUUGAUUCUUUCACUGCCUCAGCCAAAAGUGUGAUUUGUCAAAAUCAUUGAAGCUCAGUUCUUGGAUGUUCCUUAUCAAGCAAAAACGGCUUGAAUACGCUCUGUUUAUGUUAGCAUAUGUGCUUUGGUUUUAAGUAACUCCCAUAUAUAUGUGGAUUCUAUACAUUAUGGAGUUAAGUGCUGAGAUUUCCACCAACUUUUGUCAAUAAAUAAACAAAAACCUAGUCAUUUACUAGUAAUUAAAUCCUACUGUUUUGGCU